AUUGACUUGUAGUUUGAACCAUUCCACACUCACAAUUGAUUCACAUGAUGACAAUAUAUCAACAAAGUAUAACACACCUUGGUUUGACUCAUUCUUUUUCUUUCUUCCACAAAUGUCUCUACCAGAGGAAGAAAAACUAACAAACACCUCUGAAGGUUCUCCGUCACGGAGGAACAUUAACAGUACACAUCCUCCUCCUCCGCGUAAACCUCUAGUUGAAUGGUCUACCGGUCUUUUCGACUGCUGCUCCGAUCCCGAAAAAUGUUGCAAAACGUUUUGGUGUCCAUGUAUUACCUUUGGCCAACUUGCUGAAAUCAGUGACCAGGGAUCCACUUCUUGCUGUGGGAAUGGUUCUGUGUAUAUGUUAUUUUGUUGUAUGUGUGGGCAUGGUGGCUUGUAUUCUUGCUUUUACCGCUCAGAGAUAAGACAACAAUACAAUUUGAAAGGAAGUGAUUGUUUAGAUUUCUUGAUUCAUUGCUGCUGCGAGGCUUGCGCUUUGUCUCAAGAAUACCGUGAGCUUGAAAAUCAUGGAUUUAACUUAGUCACUGGGUGGCAUGGAAAUGUUGAGCAACAGACUAAAGGAAUAACCAUGGCUACAACAACAGCGCCAACAGUCGAAUCGAGUAUGGAUCGUUGAAGUGUGUGAAAAUCUAUAUGUAUUUCCAUAUGAUGUAGUUAUGUGGUUGACUAAGACUUAUGUGUUUAAAAUAUUUGGAUUAAUAUCAAGUCUAAUAUUGUCAGAAAUAAGUGUGAUUAUUGUUUUUUUUUUGGUUCAUUAAUUA